UGGGUGUUGAAUACUGUUGAUGAAGAGCCAACAGAUCCGGGGACACCGGCUACCAGGGUGGGCUUAUUGAUAUUGGGCCGUAUCUGCCUUUUCUAUCUGCCGUCAUAAAUCCCUUUACCAUCUUUCUUUGUUUAUAUGAGCAUCUGUGGCGGUGGUGAUACAGUCGCGGCUCCCUGUCAGCCGAGUGUCACAUGGGCCGUUUGGUAGCGGCGAUUACGAUUCCCUCCCAACGAACCUGUUUCCAGUCCACCCCUCUCUUCCGCCCAUUCAUUUUUCUUGACGAAGUUCAUACAAUCGGUUACUUUUGUGCUGCGAUUUUCCAUCAUCUAUAGCGGAGCCGUCGCCCAGGGUGCCAGAUCCUGAACUGGCGAGAUGCAGUACGUACGCAGCAUCAGCGGCUCUGUCUCCAAGACAUGGAACUCGAUCAAUCCAGCCACGCUGAGCGGUGCGAUCGAUGUGAUUGUUAUUGAACAGGAAGAUGGCACCCUCGCUUGCUCGCCCUUCCAUGUCCGCUUCGGCAAAUUCUCGCUUUUGCGUCCAUAUGAAAAGAAGGUGGAAUUCAAAGUCAAUGGGAAUAAACAAGACUAUGCGAUGAAGCUUGGGGAGGGAGGCGAGGCAUUUUUCGUCUUUGAGACUACCGACGAGAUCCCCGCAUCUCUACAGACCUCACCACUAGUAUCCCCCGCAGCCAGUCCGAAAGUCCCUGGCGAAGAUCUUGCGUCAUCUCUACAGGAGCCGGAGUAUCUAGACCUUGAAAAAUCGCACGGCGAUGCUUUAUCGGAAGGCGCAAAGACUCCGCCAACGAUGCCUCUCUCGCGGCAGUCGCGGGCAACUACGGAUCUGGGCGCAAUGACUCCAUUGUCACGUUCACCCGCCGACUCGGAAGUGAGCCCUGCCUUUGGUGACUCGUUUAAGUCUAAACCUCCCCUCGAUCACUCGGUAUCGGACAACAUAUUUCCCACUAGUAUCCGUCGAGCCGACGACGGGAAGCGGACCUCCGUGAGUGGCUCUGGCUCAGCCCAUGAAGAUGAUAUCGAGCGGAGUGACCGUUCUCGCAGCCCUCCUCUGCUGUCGCCUCAGGAGGCCAUGUCUCGCGCAAUCUCUCUGUCCAAGAAGCUCUCCGGCUCAAACAUUCCGUCCCACAUUACCGAUACUGGCGACCUCAUGUUGGACAUGACGGGCUACAAAAGCAACGAAGAAGAUGCUAUCCGGGCCGAAGUACUUGCCCGCAAGAUUCUUGCUGAGGAGCUGGAAGGCAGCUACGAUAUAGGUGCACUCAUCGGAGCAGAUGAGCAUGGGAACUUGUGGAUCUACAGCAGCGAAGAGGCCAAAGAAGCAGCCUAUCGAACGACGGCUCUCAGUUCCAUGCGGCCUACUACGGCCCUGAGCGAAGAUGCGGUCUCCGACCCUGGCUACCAUAGCGAGGGCGACCAUUCAACCAUCGAGCCUGCGAUAGCUGCACGCCACCACCGCACCAAGUCAGAUGUCCAGCCGGGCUUCCCCACUCCGCCUCAAUCACCCCUUCAGGACUCAUUCGCCGUCGAGACUCGCAAUUAUGCUAAGACACUGCGCUUGACGAGCGAUCAACUCAAGGCAUUGCAACUGAAGCCGGGACCUAAUCUCAUGUCCUUCAGCGUGAAUAAGGCCACCUGCACAGCAAACAUGUAUCUGUGGAACGGAAACGUGCCGAUUGUGAUCUCUGAUAUCGAUGGGACAAUCACAAAGUCUGAUGCGUUGGGUCACGUUUUGAACAUGAUCGGACGUGACUGGACCCAUGCUGGUGUAGCCAAGUUGUACACGGAUAUUGUCAAUAACGGCUAUAACAUCAUGUAUCUCACCAGUCGAUCGGUUGGGCAGUCAGACACCACACGGGCGUACCUACACGGAGUAUGCCAAGACGGAUACCGCCUGCCCAAGGGACCCGUUAUCUGCAGUCCAGAUCGCACCAUGGCGGCACUGAGGCGAGAGAUCUACUUGAGGAAGCCCGAGGUCUUCAAAAUGGCUUGCCUACGCGACAUUCUUGGAUUGUUCGCAGGGAAAGAGAAUCCGUUUUAUGCCGGUUUUGGAAACCGAUUGACCGAUGCCUUGAGCUACAGAUCGGUCAACAUUCCUUCCACUCGGAUCUUUACAAUCAACUCGAACGCCGAGGUGUCGCUUGACUUGCUGAGUUUGAAUAAGUAUAAGAGCAGCUAUGUGACUAUGCAGGAGCUGCUGGAUCACUUCUUCCCACCCGUCAGUCUUCUGGUCCAGUCCGGAGGCGAAGAAUACACAGAUUUCACGUACUGGCGUGACACCCCGCAGGAACUUGAUGAUUUCUCUGCCACUGACAGUGAAGAGGAAGAUGAACCCGCGGACGAUGAGAUGCUUGAGGAUGACGAGGACGCGGAUGAGGAGGAAGAAGAUGAUUACGAUGAUGAGCUGAGCGAGGGAGAAGGUAGCGAAUACCUUGACGAGGGUGCAGAAGAAACAGACUUGGGUGCAAGUUACAUUUCGCAGGUCUCGGAAGCCCUAUCUAACCCAGCAGGGUCUAUUCUGGAGUCCAUUGAGGGCGAUCAAGACCUCCAGGACGAAGGAUUGGAUGGAGAAGAAGAUGUUCUUGCUGUUGGGGCUAUACCGGUCGAGCCAGCAGGCUCCAUCACCCUUCCUCUACGUCCCAAGUCCCGUGAUGUCUGAACAUAUUCCCAUUGUACAUUGCUUUCCUCAUCCGCACUGAGCCAUAGAGGCGGAGUUUGUGUCUCGCGCCAUUCAGAUACCCCCAUCUUGCUGUUCAUUUCCCGAGCCGGCAACUGCAUCAACAUUGCCAUUUUGGUGAUCAAUUACCAUGUUCAACACAACUUGCAUGCAGACCCAGGCUCCAGUGCAAUACACUGAGCUGUCUUUGUGAUUUGCGUGUCUUUUGUUCUCUACCUAGGCAUUGAUGGCGUUUCAAGCGUGUGUUUUUUUUUCUAGAAUAGUACUCAGAGAAACUACUCUGAAUCAAUCAUUGCAAUAAUCUCCACUUAUAGAAGACUUCUACUACAUUGCAUUUGUCUAUCAUUCCUU